AUGGGCGACAUUGAAGAUUACGUUAGACUAGAAAAGGUCGGCGAAGGUACCUAUGGCGUUGUUUACAAGGCCCAUGAUCUUAAAAACGGCAACCGUCUUGUUGCCUUAAAGAAAAUCCGUCUCGAAGAAGAAGAUGAGGGCGUGCCAUCAACUGCGAUUCGUGAGAUUUCACUGCUCAAGGAGAUGCGCAACAAAAAUAUUGUCGCUCUCUAUAAUAUCGUCCACACAGACUCUCAAAAGCUCUACCUUGUGUUUGAGUUCCUCGAUAUGGACUUUAAAAAGUACAUUGAGAAAAUCCGUAAUGGUGAGGGCCUCGACGCUAAUGUCAUCAAGCGAUUCAUGUCCCAACUCGUCAAUGGCAUUUGCUACUGCCACUCUCACCGCAUUCUCCACAGAGACUUGAAACCCCAAAACCUUCUCAUUGAUAAGGAAGGAAACCUGAAAAUUGCAGACUUUGGUCUUGCCCGCGCCUUUGGUGUCCCCCUGCGGCCAUACACCCACGAAGUCGUCACCCUAUGGUACCGUGCUCCAGAAAUUUUGCUUGGCGGCAAGCAGUACUCGGUGGGCAUUGACAUGUGGUCAGUGGGCUGCAUUUUUGCCGAAAUGAUUACCCGCAAGCCUCUCUUCCCUGGUGACUCUGAAAUUGAUGAGAUUUUCCGCAUUUUCCGUAUUCUAGGCACCCCCAAUGAGGAGAUUUGGCCUGGUGUUACUACCCUCCCUAACUUUAAGACUACCUUUCCUCAAUGGAAGCGCCGUGAACUCGAGCGCCAUGUUCCAGGUCUUGAUGAUUAUUCGGGCGAUCUGCUCCACAGCUUUUUACAGUAUGAUCCGGCUAUGCGAAUGAGUGCCAAGCGGGCGCUGCAACACCCAUACUUUACAGAUUACCAAACUACAAAUAGUAGUAGCAGUGGGGCCAGUAGUAGUGGCAGCAACAACAGUGGUAGCAAUAGCAUACCAUCGCAGCAAUAUGGAGUGUCUUCUGCGGCUGCUGGCGCCGGCGCUGGUGGAAAUGGUCAAGCAGCAGCCAGUUUGCCUGCAUGA